GCGAGCGCGAGCUGAGUGCUAGCAGAGCGCAGCCGCGAGGGAGGCGCGGGGGAGGCGAGCCGGAGCCGGAGCGCUAGCAGCCGCCCGUGUUGGCGGAGAGCACCCGGGCGCAGCCGGAGUCGGAGCCGCAGCCGCGAUGGCCGUGGCAGUGGGAAGACCGUCUAAUGAAGAGCUUCGAAACUUGUCCCUUUCUGGCCAUGUUGGAUUUGACAGUCUCCCUGACCAGCUGGUCAACAAGUCUACUUCUCAAGGAUUCUGUUUCAACAUCCUGUGUGUUGGUGAGACCGGCAUUGGCAAAUCCACGUUAAUGGACACUUUAUUCAACACCAAAUUUGAAAGUGACCCAGCUACUCACAAUGAACCAGGUGUCCGGUUAAAAGCCAGAAGUUAUGAGCUUCAGGAAAGCAAUGUACGGCUGAAGCUAACCAUCGUUGACACUGUGGGAUUUGGAGACCAGAUAAAUAAAGAUGACAGCUAUAAGCCAAUAGUGGAGUAUAUUGAUGCUCAAUUUGAGGCCUACUUGCAAGAGGAAUUGAAGAUCAAACGUUCUCUCUUCAACUACCACGACACCAGGAUCCACGCCUGCCUCUACUUCAUCGCCCCUACUGGUCACUCCCUGAAGUCUCUGGACCUAGUCACCAUGAAAAAGCUGGACAGCAAGGUGAACAUCAUUCCAAUAAUUGCAAAAGCUGACACGAUUGCCAAAAAUGAAUUGCACAAAUUCAAGAGUAAAAUCAUGAGUGAACUAGUCAGCAAUGGAGUCCAGAUAUAUCAGUUCCCCACAGAUGAAGAAACAGUGGCAGAGAUUAAUGCAACAAUGAGUGUCCAUCUCCCAUUUGCCGUGGUUGGCAGCACUGAAGAAGUGAAGAUCGGCAACAAGAUGGCCAAGGCCAGGCAGUACCCCUGGGGUGUGGUGCAGGUUGAGAAUGAAAACCACUGUGAUUUUGUGAAACUUCGGGAGAUGCUGAUCCGCGUGAACAUGGAAGAUUUGCGAGAACAGACUCACACCCGCCAUUAUGAAUUGUAUCGGCGCUGUAAACUUGAGGAGAUGGGGUUCAAGGACACAGACCCUGACAGCAAGCCCUUCAGUCUCCAGGAGACGUACGAAGCAAAGAGAAAUGAAUUUCUGGGAGAACUUCAGAAAAAAGAAGAAGAAAUGAGGCAAAUGUUUGUUAUGAGAGUGAAGGAGAAAGAAGCUGAACUUAAAGAGGCAGAGAAAGAGCUCCAUGAGAAGUUUGACCUCCUGAAGCGGACACACCAAGAAGAGAAGAAGAAAGUGGAAGACAAGAAGAAGGAGCUGGAGGAAGAGGUGAACAAUUUCCAGAAGAAGAAGGCAGCGGCUCAGCUCCUGCAGUCCCAGGCACAGCAGUCUGGGGCCCAGCAAACCAAGAAAGACAAGGAUAAGAAAAAUAGUCCUUGGCUCUGCACGGAAUAAAUGAUACCCUCAAAUCUAAUUGGAUGUGCUUUCGCCUUUGCAUGUAAGUACAGUAGUAAGAAAACUUUGAGAUCUUUCUGACUUUUUAGAGAAACAAAUGGGAUAGGUGGAUUUUUCCUUUUCCUUUUUUGGAGGGAGGUAUAGGGAGGUAAUGGUUUGAGUAGCCUUUGCUUACAAAAAAAAAAACCCCUAAAUAUAUUUAAAUAACCACAUUUGUACCUUUUCCACAAGAAAUAUAAAUUCAGCUUUUUGAUACCGAUAAUAGAAGUCAGAAAUUAUUGUUCCCAGCUGUGUUCUACACAGCAAUGUGGACAUCACUGGAUAUUAGACAGUCCUUAGUUCUGACUAUGUAAAUAAAGCUAGAAUAAGAAACUACUACCUUCCAUUGGAGAAAAUCAAGAGGAAAAUAUUUUUUAUGCUAAGCUGCUUUUCUGACUGCUUAAUUUUUUGAUGAUCUUGGUUUAAUGGUCUUCCCCCAUGCUAACUGCUGGCAGUGAACACACCUGUUUUUUUUGUUUUUGCCAGACAGAUCUAGCUGGCCUCUCCCCAUAUCUUUUGUUCAACCAUAAUGACCACUGCUUCUGGACUUUAGCUACUCAUAACAGUUGUACGUGCAGUAAAAUGUGACAGAAAAGCAUUUUGGGAAUUUACUAGCAGUUAGAGACUAUGUUUUCCCAACCCAGGCUCCUUCGUAACUGGUCAAAGUUUCGUCCAGAAAGGACAUCUCAACCAGGGGAACAUUUAACAGCACACUGAGCACAGGUUCCUUAUUAUCUUCCUUCUCUGCUUUGGAAUCUCACCAGCAAUAACACUUAGUCUUCAUAUCUUGUGCGCUCCAAGCGAACGGACAGGGUUUCUGCACUCUCUUGCCCUAUCCAUUCGUGUGUCCCAUAUAGACUGUUGACUCUGGGUUUCAGCUGUUCUCACCCCGCGUCGUCCUGUCUCCGUGUGCUCCUUCCAAACCCUCCUUUCAGACCCCUUUGCUCUGCCAUUUGCAAGUGUGUGAAAUCGUCAAGUCUCAGCUUCCUGAAGUCUUGGUUCCAUUGACAGGACACACAUGUGAUCAGUCUUUAGCGGAAAUUAUGACCUACAACAUCUAGAUUGUAUGUAGGUAUGAAGGGAAUUUUUUAAAUAAAUUGAAAAGCUGUGAACAGCAUUAGAACUUUGUCUAUUUCUUAAUUUUAAAAUAUGCUGAUAUGCCUUAAACUGUAGUUGUAGAACAUUGUCAUUUUGCUGUUUGAAAAUAACCCAUGUGUUUCUAAAAAAAAAAGUGUUGUGUAAUCUACUUUCAGUGUUAAUGCAGAUUUGUCAUAUAUGUAAGCUGCAUGUUAGACACUCGUCUUUUUUAAAACCUAAAAUAAUUGUAUCCAUAUGAAGUAUAUCAUUUUUUCAAGUAAGAAAGUAAUCACUUAGCAAACAUGCUCAGUAAUUUGGUGUCUGUUAAGGUAGGAGAGUGGUGGACAGGUAACCUAUGCAUAUAUCACUAGUGCCAAGACAUAAAAGUGGGGGAAAAUAUAUUUUUACCCAAACAA